AUGCGCAUCUUCUUUUCCUUCGCCGCAUUGCCUGCGACUCCCCGAGUGGCAUUUGCAUCUACCCUCUACCGGACCAGCCUCGGCCCUCGAUCGAACACCACCCAAUUCGCCCCGAAACCCAAGUCACCGUCAACUAUCCGUUUCCAAACCACCACGCCGUCUAUCGAUAUGGAGAAGGUCAACACGACUGCUCGCUUGUCCGAGCUUCGGAAGCACAUGGGCCAACACAAAGUCGAUGUAUACAUCGUUCCGUCUGAAGACAGUCACUCGUCUGAGUACAUCGCCCCUUGUGAUGCUCGCCGUGCCUUUAUUUCCGGCUUUGAUGGCUCUGCCGGCUGCGCUGUCAUCACCCUUGACAAAGCUGCCUUGGCCACAGACGGCCGCUACUUCAACCAAGCCUCUAAACAGCUCGACGAGAACUGGCUGUUGCUGAAGCAGGGACUCCAGGAUGUCCCUACGUGGCAGGAGUGGUCUGCCGAGCAAUCUGAAGGCGGCAAAGUCGUGGCUGUCGAUCCCACCCUAUUGACGAGCGGCACCGCUAAGAAGCUGUCCGAAAAGAUCAAGAAGAGCGGUGGUAAGGAGCUUGCGCCAGUCUCGGAAAACCUGGUCGACUUGGUCUGGGGCUCGGAGAAACCGCCGCAUCCCAGUGAACCAGUCAUCGUCCUCAGCGGCAAAUUCGCAGGCAGGGACGUGAAAUCCAAACUCGCCGACCUCCGCAAGGAGCUAGAGAAGAAGAAAUCGCUUGGAUUCGUCGUCUCUAUGCUUGACGAGAUCGCCUGGCUCUUCAACCUGCGAGGAAACGAUAUUCCUUACAACCCAGUCUUCUUCUCAUACGCUAUUAUCACCCCUGAAGAGGCUAUACUCUACGUCGACUCGUCGAAACUGAGUACCGAAUGUCAGAAGUAUCUCGCCGACAAUAGUGUUUCUAUCAAGACGUAUAAAGACAUAUUUAAUGAUGCCACUGCUCUUGGCAGGACAGCGAAAGCCAGCAAGCCGGAGUCUAGCAACGGCGAGAAAUUUAUGAUCUCUAACAAGGCAUCUUGGGCUCUCAAGCGGGCUCUUGGCGGCGAAGACAUGGUUGAAGAAAUGAGGAGCCCACUGGGAGAUGCGAAGGCGGUCAAAAACGAGACCGAAUUAGACGGCAUGAGAGCCUGUCACGUGAGAGACGGUGCCGCUCUGAUUGAGUACUUUGCCUGGCUUGAGUACCAGCUGAUAGCGAAAGGGGCCCAGGUCGAUGAAGUCGAGGGCGCCGACAAGCUUGAAGCUUGCCGUGCGAAACAAAAGGACUUCGUCGGCCUCUCCUUCCCUACCAUCUCGUCGACUGGAGCCAAUGCGGCUGUCAUCCACUAUCAACCAGAAAGAGGAAACUGCUCAACGAUCGACCCGAAAGCUGUUUAUCUGUGCGACUCUGGAGCGCAAUACCUGGAUGGUACCACUGAUACCACUCGAACGCUGCACUUUACCCAACCUACGGACGCUGAAAUACAAGCCUACACUCUCGUCCUGAAGGGCAAUAUCGCAUUGGACAUGGCUGUCUUUCCUAAAGGGACAACCGGCUUUGCACUAGACGGUCUAGCUCGCCAGUUCUUAUGGAAAGAAGGGCUUGAUUACCGUCACGGCACCGGCCACGGCGUGGGAUCGUACCUGAACGUCCAUGAAGGCCCCAUCGGCAUUGGUACUAGGGUUCAGUUCUCGGAGGUGGCUCUAUCACCUGGCAAUGUCAUCUCCAACGAGCCGGGCUUCUACGAAGACGGCUCGUACGGCAUCCGUAUCGAGAACAUCGUUAUGGUCAAGGAAGUGCAGACGAAGCACAAGUUUGGCGACAAGCCAUACCUCGGCUUCGAGCAUGUCACCAUGGUGCCGUACUGCCGCAAGCUGAUUGACGUCAACCUUUUGACAGACGACGAGAAGAGGUGGCUCAACAACUACAACGCCGACAUCUUGGAGAAAACCAGGGUCUACUUCGAGGACGACAGGUUGACGAUGGCUUGGCUCGAGCGCGAGACCCGGAUUUUCUAG